GGCCAUGUUUCCGAAACACAAACAACAAGAAGAGCAGCGACUAGGAGCCAGCAGACAUACUGAUACGCAGCAGCGACCGUUGGAGGAGAGGGGAAAAAAUAAUAAAUAAAAUACAGAGCACGACUUUCUGAAAGUACGAUUCUGUCGUUUACAGUGUUUAACGAGACCAAUGCAUACGAUAUAUUGGCUGUAGACACGCCGUGCAGACAACCAGUCUGGUAACGUUAGCUAUAAACAUUGAAGUGGUGCAAAGGGAGGAGGACAGGAAAUAAAGGAGUUACCUGGAGGGUCUCCGUCAAUCCACAUUUCAGUUGGAGCGAGAGGAAAGGGCACGGAGGGAGAGAGGGAGAAAAGAAAAGAAAAGAGGAGUCACGUCUGCUCUUGGCAGCUGUUCCAGCAGCCUGUUUCAGUGUUUUGGCUGUUUUGUUCCUGCGUUACUUUUUUGAUGAAUCAAUCGAUAUUUUUAACUUUAAUGUGAGAUAUAACUGCUGUAAAAAAAGGAAGGAAAAAAAACAUUAUUACUAGCAAGAGUGUUUUAUUUUGUUCCAUCGUUAAUUUCCAAGGUUCUUUUUUUUGUUUCUUUUUUUAUGUUCAUCAACCCUUGUCGGCUGUGAGUAGCAGGAGCUUCCAUUCUCCAAACUAUAGUCGACCCCCCCCCCCCCCCCCCCACCCACCCCUGCCUUCCUUAUCUAGUUAGGACCUGAUAACCUGGUAUUCCUCAAGCACCUGAAACUGGCAGCUAUUCUCUUUGUGUCUGUGUGUUUGGGGAUCUCUGUGACCACAGCUUAAGCACCACUCAGCCUUCUAGUCACCUAAGCCUAACUAAAGCCAGCCAGCCAGCCAGCCCUAGCCCAGUCCAGUCCAGCCCAGCCCAGCCCAGCCUGCUCCGAUCAUCUGGACAGGAUACUCAGUUCUGUGUGGACGUGAGGAAUAUGACUGCUGAGACUCUUAACUUCGGCCCAGAAUGGCUCCGUGCACUGUCCAGUGGGGGGAGUGUGACUUCCCCCCCUCCUUCCCCCGCCAUGCCAAAGUACAAGCUGGCCGAGUACCGCUACGGCCGAGAAGAGAUGUUAGCACUUUAUAUCAAAGACAACAAGGUCCCAGAGGACAUGCAGGAUAAGGAGUUUGCUGCUAUUCUGCAAGAUGAGCCCAUGCAGCCACUGGCACUGGUGCCACUCACUGAGGAGGAGCAGAGGAACUUCUCCAUGUCUGUGAACAGCGUGGCUGUGCUGAGGCUCAUGGGAAAAGGGGUGGGCGGGGCCGCCCCAGCUGGAGUGGUCCGAGGACGAGGGGCCACACGAGGCGGUCGAGGACGAGGUCGUGGUGAAGGUGGAUUCUACCAAAGAAGUAUUGAAGAGCCGGAGGUGGGUUUCGGACGCAGCGUCCGAGAGAUACACCGCAGCCAGAGCUGGGAUGACCGGGGCGAGCGUCGAUUUGAGAAGCCGCUGCGGCGAGAGGUGGGACGUCCCGGCUUUGAAGAGGCCGUAGGUCCCGUGGUUCCGGGGAGGAAGGAGUACACAAGGGCUGACAGCGAUAACUGGCGCAUCCUCCGGGAGGAGCAGGAGCAGCAGGAGGAGGAGGGGGCGGAGCCGGGCACCAACUGGAGACUUACUGGACUCCGCAGGGAUGUCCAGUCUGACACUGAUGGCGGCCCAUUCCUUUUGGCAGAUGGUGGUCCUCGCUCAGCAGGCUGGCGGGACCAUACCGGUCCAGGUGAGAGUCGUCGGAGGAAGUUUGAUUUUGAUUUCCGGGACUCGGAUGGCCACGGUGGUGGUGGUGGCCGCCGGCGUGCAGGCAGUGAGGGACUGGAGGACGGCAGGGACGGCCUGCCCGAGUGGUGUACAGACGAUGAGGACGGGGAGAUGGGCACGUUUGACUCCUCUGGAGCUUUCAUGACUAUGAAGAAGGGGGGGAAGGAUACAAUCCUGGAGGAGGAGUUUGACUUUAAGGGCAUUGAGGAGGAGGAGGAGGAGGAGGAGGAGCACUUCGCUGACAUGGAGAGGAACAGUGCUGAAGGAGAUAAAGACAAAGAGAGUAAAGAAGCUGGCUCAGCUGUCGGGGAUUGCGAGACAAAGCGGGCAUCUCCCUCCUCGUCUCCUCCCGCUCUCCAACACUGUUCCCCUCCAUGCCUGGAGCCUCGGCCCAGCAACACUGGCCCAAUGGUGGACAUCCUUCAGAUGAACAACAGCUACUCCGUCAAGGCCAGCAGCAUGUCCAGUGAAGACAUGGCCACGGUAAUGGGCUCCAAGGUCCAGCUGAGCCUCGGCGCCCCGACCUCCUCCAGUUUGCCUCCCCCACCCCCUUGCUCUGCGGCUCCUUUUCUCCCUCCACCUGGCGGAGACAUGGAGGACGAUGAGGGCAUGAAGCACCUGCAGCAGGAGGCGGAAAAGAUGGUGGCAUCACUGCAGGACACUUCUUUGGAGGAGGAGUGUUUCACCCAGGCUCUGCAGCAGCAGGAGAGCAGGAACACAGCAGCCGCUCUGCCGCUGUCACAUGAGGCUGCCAUGAAGUGGUUCUACAAGGACCCCCAGGGAGAGAUCCAGGGUCCCUUCACCACCGUGGAGAUGUGCGAGUGGUUCCAGGCCGGCUACUUCACCAUGACCCUGCUCGUGAAGCGGGGCUGCGACGAGGGCUUCCAGCCCCUGGGCGACGUCAUCAAGAUGUGGGGCCGCGUGCCCUUCGCCCCGGGGCCCUCCCCGCCGCCCCUGCUGGUGAGACAGCCACCACCGACGCAGCGCUCACAGUCCACCCGGGGUUCCGCCGGGACUGUGAGUCAGAGCUCAGCCAACGUGGACGAUGGGGAGGGGAGGAUGCAGAGGAGAGGGAAGAUUGAUAGACAGGUUACGGGAGACCAGGACCGCCUGAAAAAGCAACAGGAGCUGGCAGCAGCAGCUCUUUAUCAGCAGCUCCAACAGCAGCAGCUAUUCCAGCUCAUUAAUAGGUGCAGUGAGCAGGGUAUGAUGCCGUCGAUGAACAGGUCGAUGUCAGUGCCAGAUACAGGGUCCAUGUGGGACAUGCAUACCUCAGCUUCGCAGCCAUCCGGCGGUGAAGCCAGUCUUUGGGACAUAACAAUGAAUCCUUCUACUCAGGGUCCAACUCUCGAACAGCUUCAGAAGCUCCAGCAGGAGAGGCGAGAUGCUGAACUCAGGGCAAAGCGUGAAGAGGAGGAGCAGCGUAAGAGGAGGGAGGAGAAGAGGAGGUUACAGGAGGAGCAGAAGAGGAGGGAGGAGGAGGAGCUCUUCAGACGCAAGCAGUGUCGUCAGCAGCAGGAACUGAUCAUGAAGUUGCUCCAGCAGACCCCCCAGCAGCAGGGUUCUGGGGCAAGUGGCUCAGGCUGGAGCGGGUCUCCCUCCUCUGGGCUAUCCAAGUCCGGGAAGCCCCCGGCUCUGGCUCUGCUGGAAAUGCAGCAGGAGGCAGAGAGGCUGCUGAAGCUGCAGCAGCAACAGAGAGCACAGCAGCAGAGAGACCGCCACUCCGGCAUGUCGAUGGGGAGCUCCUCCAUGGGAUCGCAGUGGGCGGAUGGAGUUGGCAUGUGGGGUGGGCCUGGAGGUAUGGAGGGUAAGAGUGGCAGUGUGAGCUCUUCGGGCAGCAUGGGCAUGUGGGACGAGGCUGUGAAGAACCAGUCCGGCCUCCGUGGCAACAGCAACAACAACAUGGGCUUGAAGAACAGCCGCAGCAGCCCUUCACUCAGUGAGCAGUACAUGAUGCGUCGAAAGCGGACAGAGGAGGAGGAGAAGCUGCUGAAGCUGCUGCAGGGCAUGAAGCCUCAGGACGGCUUCACUACCUGGUGUGAACAGAUGCUGCACGCUCUCAACACCUCUGCCAACAACUCUUCCUCUUCUCUGGAUGUUGCCACAAUUGUGGCAUACCUGAAGGAGGUGGAGUCUCCCUAUGCAGUACUGGACUUCAUCCGGUCCUACCUAGGGGACACAGUGGAAGCCAAAGAGUUCGCCAAACAGUUUCUGGAGCGACGUGCCAAACAGAAAGCCAACCAACAGAGACAGCAGCAGCAGUUAUCAAAGGAAGUGGCUGGAUUGAACAUGAACUUCCCUCUGCAGGACUCGAUGCGAGGAAUGAAUCCAAGCACCCUGCAGUCCAUGUUUCAAGCCAACCACAUGAGCAAGGCUGGCCUCUAUGACAACCAGGGGGGGAAGAUGAAGAAGAAACAGCCCAUGAUGCUGCACUCUGACCCCAGCAUCUUAGGGUACUCAUUCCACAACGCGGGCGAGUGUCUGAGCCUGAAUGAGAUGGAGAUGGUGGAGGAUUACUGAUGUGACGCAGCGCAGCAGCAAUAGCUACCUGAGGCCUUCUGUCUUUUAAUCAGACAAACCUGAUGACGAAUGUGCACUGCUGGGGGAACCAUGGGGGGGGAGGGGUGGGGGAUAGGAAGGGAGCGAGCGUGAGGGGAGGUGGAGGCGCCUGGAUCUGCGCCUCCCACUCUUUCCUUCCCUCUGGCAAGAAAGAAAAAAAAAAAAGGGCUCCCUGCUGCACCAGUUGAUCACUUGAGCGGGGGGGGGGGGGGG